GAGGCGGGGGCCGGAAGCGGGCGGGCGGCGCGGCCAUGGAGGCGCCCUCGGUGCCGGCCGUGUCGGCGGCGGGAGCGGCGGGCCGGGCGCCCAUCAAGGGCAUCCUGAAGAAGGGCGGCGGCAAGCCGCCCGCGGGGAGCGCGGGCCCCGGGGCCCGGCAGGCCAGCCCGGCCCGCGACGACGACGAGCACGGUAAAAAAUCCCAGAAGUGGGACGAAAUGAACAUCAUAGCCACGUACCACCCAGCGGGCAAGGAUUAUGGCUUGAUGAAAAUAGAUGAGCCUAGUACUCCUUAUCACAGCAUGGUAGGAGAUGAUGAUGAAGAUGCAGUGAGUGACUCAGAAUCAAAUGAGCCCUUAAGAGCAGAUGUGUUGAGUAAGAAGCUGGCAGCUGCAGCUGAGGGUAAAGGACCCAAGAUUAUAGCGAGGCAAGAGGAAAGCAGUGAAGAGGAGGAGGAGGAAGAAGAAUUAACACCUGAAGAACGAGAAAAAAAGAAACAGUUUGAAAUGAAGAGGAAAAUGCACUACAAUGAAGGACGAAACAUCAAACUUGCAAGGCAGCUAAUUGCAAAAGAGCUACAUGGUGAGGAUGAAGAGGAAGAGGAAGAGGAUGAAGAGAUGCAUGAUGCUCCAGAUGUAGAAACAAUGAAUACAGAAGCUAUCGAACAUGGGGAAAGGAGUACUCCAGUAGGCAACAUUAUGACCUUUCUCCGUGGCUUGAAGCUGCCAUCUGUCUGCACUCUGCUGUAAAACAGAGGCAACUCCGCUCUCCAGCUGCAUUCUCCAGGGAACAGAAGGCACACCUUUGCAGCAUUUUUCCAUCUCUAUUGUUGAAGUCCAUUCCACCUUGCCUCAUUAGCAGCUUCUGAGCCACAACUGACUGAGAUUUCUUGCUGAUUGAAAUGAAGAUGGCCAGUCCAGUCAGUAAUGCACAUGCUACUCAUGACCAGCUGGAAAGCAGAGCACGCAGCAUAGAAGAAAUCUGUCCAGAACUGUAACUGCUUGUUGGAGACACGAACAUAAACACUGCUUCAUGACUUUUGCAAUUAAGGCUCUUAAAUAUUGAGAAGCAUAUCAGUUACAAUGUUGUGUUGCCAAGGUUGUUAAUUUUAGACUUGUCCAUUAGGCAGAAAAAAACUGUCUAAUUGAUUUAUUCCUGUGCCUAGUAUUUCAUGGAGAAUACUGCUUCAUAAUCUGUUCAUCCAGAAUGGCAUUCCCUGUAUGUAUAACGCUGAUUAUCUUGCGUAAUGUACUGUUACUCUUCAUGCUUUGAAACACAGACAGUAUCUCUGUUUUGUCACUAUUUAUUUGACAGUGCUCUAAGUGUGGUAUCUCUUAUGGAAGAGUUUGGGAUUCAAGAGCUUAACGGUACAGCAUAUAUCAAAUUGACACGCAAGUUAUUUAUCAGGUGUGUUAAGCAGCUGAGAAAGGGAUUCAAGUUUUACAGCAUUUUUAUAAAAUAUUGACCUCUUAAACUAGAUUUCAGUGUAUUAUUACUUGUAUUUUCCUAGGCUCUAGACAAAGAGUUGUAUUAUUUUUCAGAGCAGUGUUUGGAAUCGGCUAUUUGCUUUCGACUAAGGCAGUACUAACAUCUGGUGGAGGGGGUGUUUUACACUGGAAAUGUGCUAACUUGAACUUUGAAUUUAACUGUCAUUUUCUCUUCCACUGGAUGUUUUCUUAAAACCACACCAACUGUUAUUCUUCUGGCUCGUUUCACACUUCUAGUCUUUCCCAGUUGCAUGGAGAGUGCCUGUGCUACUAGCACCUGAAAAAAAAACAGCCAUGGAGGAAAAUGCACAUCAGGACUGAAGAUGGGCUUAUCUCUUCUCUAUAUAAGGAUAACUGCUGGUGACCUUCUCACUUGGGGUUUGCAACCUGCAUACUGAAAACCACUACAUCUUUCUGCAUCCAAUGAGACUUAGAGCAGCUGCUUUUGUAAAAUGAAGGGUGUUUGAAAGGAUAGAAGGGAAACUGCCUAAUUCAAAUACUUGUUUACGAUGUGGUCGCAGAGCCCUUGCAAAGAGGGGCUCUGAACCUCCACAUUGCUGUAAACAGUGAUGGAAUUUGACUGGUGAAUGUUCUAGUACUCAGAAUAGUUCCUGGGCUUUAUUACACGAAGUAUACACUUAAGCUUAAGCUUGGUUAUGAAAUACAGUGUAUAUCUUAAUUUUAGUCCGAAUUUGAUAUGUUGCAAAAAUCCAUAUAAUUAUAUAUGGAUCUAUUUUAAAAUGUUUUUGUCCACUGUAUAUGUGACGUUUGAAUAAAGGAAUGAAAGUUAUUUUACAGAUA